AUGGAGGCCAGGAACAGCCCGAUUCAGAGCGCGAUCCCGGGAAGGCGGCGAGCAGCCGGGCGAGUACUGCUGCUGCCUACUUUGCUACUAGGCUUGUGCUGCCGAGCGACACCAGAGCCGAUCCGCUACUCUAUCCCCGAGGAGCUGAGCAGAGGUUCGCUGGUGGGGCCGCUGGCGCGGGACCUGGGGCUGACCCCGGCAGAGCUGUCGGCACGCAAGCUGCGGCUAACGUCUGCCGCUAAAAGGCAGCUGCAAUACUUCAGUGUGAGCGAGGAGAGUGGGGAGCUGUACGUGAGCGAGAGGCUGGAUAGGGAAGAAAUGUGCAGUGAGGAGCCGACCUGCUCCGUCAGCUUCGAUGCACUGGUGCACAAUCCGCUCAACGUUUUCCAUGUCGAAGUGGCUAUCCAGGACAUCAACGACAACUCCCCGACCUUCCUGCGAGAUAAUUUCCAGCUGGAAAUCAACGAGUUCACUUCUCCCGGUGCCCGAUUUGCCGUGGGAGCCGCCAAGGAUGCAGACGUAGGCAGCAACUCCCUGCAGGACUACAAGCUGGAGGCAAACAAGUACUUUGAGGUGGAGGUGAAAGAGAAGCAGGAUGGCAGCAAAUUCGCGGAGCUGGUGCUGCGCCGAGCGCUGGACCGGGAGAGAGAGCAGAGCCUGCAGCUGGUGCUGACGGCGCUGGACGGCGGCGACCCGCCCCGCAGCGGCACCGCCCAGCUCUGUAUCAACGUCACCGAUGCCAACGACAACGCCCCCGUAUUCGCGCAGGACCGGUACCGAGUGAGCCUGCGCGAGGACUCGCUGCCGGGCUCCAUGGUGCUGAAUGUCUCGGCCACCGAUGCUGACGCCGGUACCAACGCCCGCAUCACCUACGGCUUCGGGGAAACCUCGACCAAGGUGCUUCAGAAGUUUGUAUUGGACUCAGAGAGUGGGAUCAUGACGCUGCAGGAAGCGCUUGACUUCGAACAGACGCGAGGUUACACACUGCUGGUGGAGGCAAAGGAUGGGGGCGGUCUCGUAACACACUGCGAAGUGGAGGUGGAGGUGCUGGAUGUGAAUGACAACGCACCCGAAAUCACCAUGCUGUCUAUUUCCAGCCCUGUGCCCGAGGACGCCCCAGUAGGCACCAUGGUGGCCCUGGUGAACGUGAAAGACCCGGACUCCGGGGAGAACGGUCAGGUGCGCUGCGAGCUGUCAGGAGAAGCGCCGCUGUCGCUAGUGGCGUCCUCGGGAGGCUCGUACAAGGUGGUGACGGCGUGCGCGCUGGACCGAGAGCAGGCAGCCGAGCACCGAGUGACGCUGGUGGCCAGGGACAGGGGCAGCCCGGCGCUGUCGAGCCGCGCGGCGCUGGUGCUGGAAGUGUCGGACGUGAACGACAACGCUCCGGUGUUCGAGGAGGAGGUCUACAGCGCCUACGUGGCGGAGAACAACGCGGCGGGAGCGCCGGUGCUGCGCGUGCUGGCACGGGAUGAGGACGCAGGCGCUAACGGGCGCGUCAGCUACUGGCUGGAGGGCGGCAGCGCAGGCUCGACACCGCCGCCGGUGUCAGUGGAAGCGCAGAGCGGCGGCGUGUACGCGCACGGCUCCUUCGACUACGAGCAGUGCCGCGAGUUCACGGUGACGGUGCGGGCACAGGACGACGGGGUGCCGGCGCGCAGCUCCACGGCCACGGUGCGCAUUUACGUGCUGGACCGCAACGACAACGCGCCGCGGGUGCUGUGGCCGACGGCGGCGGCAGCAGGAGGCGAGGCGCCGCCGUUCGAGGUGGUGCCGCGCACGGCCGAGGUGGGCUACCUGGUGGCCAAGGUGGUGGCGGUGGACGCGGACGCGGGGCGCAACUCUUGGCUGUCAUACGAGCUGCUGCAGGCGCCGGAGCCGGCGCUCUUCCGCCUGGGGCUGCACAGUGGCGAGGUGCGCACGGCGCGGGCCGUGUCAGAGCUCGACGCGGCCAAGCAGCGCCUGGUGGCGCUGGUGAAGGACCACGGGCAGCCGGCGCUAUCGGCCACGGCCACGUUGUACGUGGUGCUGGCCGAGAGCUUGCAGGAGGCGCUGCCGGAGCUGAGCGAGCGGCCUACGGGCGCCGCCUCACCGGCGGAGCUGCAGUUCUACCUGGUGCUGGCUCUGGCUCUGCUGUCGGCGCUCUUCCUUCUCAGCCUGGUGCUGGCACUGCUGGCGCGGCUGCGGAGGGCCGGGCCGCCCGCCGUCCUGCGCUGCCUGGGCGCGCAGCGCUUGUCUCUGGCCGCCUUCCCGGCCGACUUCUGCGAGGGCACUUUACCCUACUCCUACAACCUGUGCGUGGCUUCGGGACGCGCCUUGACCGAGGCCGCUUGGCUGUCUCCGCCGCUGCCCAGCCUGCCCGCGGAGGAACUACUGGGCGGGAAGUCCUGCGAGAAGUCGUGCACGAAUAGCACCGCCGGCGCCGGAGAGCAGCUCACUGCCCCCGACGCACCGCAGGUCGAGCUUCUGUCCUGUUUGCCCUUGGCUUUACCCCUGGGGUGGUGUGGAUGGGGCGUGCUGAUCCAUGCCUCCGUGAAUGAUGUAAGGAAUUGGGUGUCCUCCUUCCAGUCGGAGCAGACAGUGAGCGCUUUCCGCGAAGAGGCUGCGGGCGCCGCUGUUGACCGAGGAGGAGCCAGAGGAAGCCGGAGCGCUGCAGGCAGCCCCGCCCGCUGCGGCCCGGCUCGCUCGCUGGCUUGGGAUCGGAGCGAUCUGCGAGCGUCCCCGCGGUGCGGAGCCGAGAUGCAGCGAGCCGGAGGGGUCGGCGGAAGCGGGCGACAGUAG